AUGGCUUCAACUGCUGCUGACAGACUUUUAUCUGUCCUAUUUCCAUUAAAAUAUUAUAAAUUAAAUAUUCGUCUUUACCUCACAAUUCAUUCAAUUUUGGCUUUUAUCAGCGGUAUCUGGAUGUCAAUAAACGCGAUUAAUUUAUCAAAUAAAUAUCCGACACUCCCAGUUAGUGGAUCUCUUGCGGAUCUGUUAGUUUUGGAUAUGGAAAUAAUUUAUAGUUUUAUUAUGCUUUUAUGUGGAAUUAAUGUUUUGAUAUAUUUAUUUGUUUGGAUUGUUGUAAGGUGGUUUCAUUCAGGUUGAAAAAAUAAAAUGUUUUCUUCUUCAUACUAAUCUUUAGCAAAUAAUCAUGCGGGUAGUCAAUCAGAUACUCAAUCACGUCUUCUAAAAUCUCUAAUUUUAAUCGUCU